GGCCGGACUGCAGGUCUCUCCUUGCGGCCGCGGCGUGAGAGCAGAGUACAGGCUGCAGCGGUCGAAGUCAUGGCAGGACAGGCGUUUAGAAAGUUUCUUCCCCUCUUUGACCGAGUAUUAGUUGAAAGGAGUGCUGCGGAAACUGUAACCCAAGGAGGCAUUAUGCUUCCAGAAAAAUCUCAAGGAAAAGUAUUGCAAGCAACAGUAGUAGCUGUUGGAUCCGGCUCCAAAGGAAAGGGAGGAGAGAUUCAACCAGUUAGUGUGAAAGUUGGAGAUAAAGUUCUUCUUCCAGAAUAUGGAGGCACCAAAGUAGUUCUAGACGACAAGGAUUAUUUCUUAUUUAGAGAUGGUGACAUUCUUGGAAAGUAUGUAGACUGAAAUAAACCACUGUUGAAAUGGCAUCAUGUGAAGCUGCCCAUUCCAUUGAAGUUCUGAAAUCUUUCAUCAUGUAAAUAAUUUCUGUGUCUCUUUUAUAAUAAACUAAUGAUAU